CCCGGAUAAAUAUCUCUCCAUGCGCAGCAUUGAUUGGGAGAACCCCUCCUUUUAUGUUGGAGUGGCAUGGUUCGUUGACGAACUUAAGAUCCCCUCAUCCCCAAUUCCAGGUCUCUUAAAACUUACCUUUAACUAUUCAGUGUAUCUGCUAGAAACCGGUUUAUCGUUAAAACAUAUUUGCCGCUCUCACAACUGGUAGAGUUAAAGCCACCGACAAGAUGCCUUUUCCAUACAAGACCGUCCUCAUCACUGGUGCCACAGCUGGCAUUGGCUUGGCGCUCGCGGAGAGAAUGAUCCAAGGUGGCAUUUUUGUCAUUGCUGUGGGUCGGCGUGAUGACCGACUCAACGAGUUGGUGGCCAAGUACGGUUCCGAGAAGGUGGCUGCUGAACCAUUCGACGUGUCGGACCUGGACAAGUUGCCUGGCUGGGUCGAGAAAAUAACAAAAACCUACCCUUCCCUCUCUAGCAUCGUUCUGAAUGCUGGCUUCCAACGCGCUGUCGACUUCACCAACCCAGAAGCCGUCUCUCUGUCAUCACUCACGUCGGAGAUGCAGACAAAUUAUCUCUCCCCGUUGCACACACUCUCCCUCUUUCUCCCACAUCUCAUUUCUCUGGGAAAGAACCCUGAAACACCAGCGUCUAUCGUCCUCGUUUCUUCCGGCCUUGGUGUUGUUCCCAUUUCGCGCUGCGCAAACUACUGUGCCACGAAAUCGGCCAUACACUCCCUUACUUGGUCUCUCAGGUCCCAACUUUCGGCCCCAUCGAGUCCAGACACGCAGCAUAUUAGGGUGAUUGAAAUCAUCCCGCCAGCUGUGCAGACCGAGCUUCACUCAUUGCAGCCUGAUCUUGCGGAGGCGGGUCAGGCGAACAUUGGGGUUCCUUUGAAAGAGUUUGCUGAUGAGACGUGGGAGCUCAUGACCGCCGAGGAAAUCACGCCUAAUGACGAGAUCAUUAUUAAGCUUGUGCGGGAGCGAUGGGGUGCCAUUGAGAAAGAGAAGAGAGACAUGUUUCGAGUUUUUGAGAAUAUGCUCAGGAAGACGACGGUCAAGGACAAAGAAGAUGCUUGAGGGGCAUGGAGCGCUGGAGACUACCUGGACUCUACCCAGUCAGACCUAUUGUGAUGAAAGAUGACUUGACGUUUAUCAAGUAGCCUGAAGCGCUUGGUACAGAUAACCUACGGUCUCUAGUUAAUUACACAGUCAACUCAGAAGAGGCAUUCUCCAUAUGUUUACGCAUUUGCCAGCUUGAAC